AUGAAAAGACUUGAAAACAAGGAUCUCUCACUUGUACAUUCAAUGAUUCCCCUCGGUUCUUGUACAAUGAAAUUAAAUGCAAGUUGUGAAUUAAUUCCUAUAAGUUGGCCAAAAUUAGCUAAUAUUCACCCUUUUGUACCUACAGAACAAGCAAAAGGAUAUUCUAAAAUUUUUAAUGAUUUGGAACGUUGGUUGUGUGAACUUACUGGUUAUGAUAAAUUCUCUUUACAGCCAAAUAGUGGGGCUAAUGGUGAAUAUGCGGGUAUGUUGGCAAUUCGUGGUUAUUUCCAUUCUAAAGGGGAAAGCCAAAGAAAUAUUUGUUUAAUCCCUGUAUCUGCCCAUGGAACUAACCCAGCUACUGCCCACAUGGCUAAUUUUAAAGUUGUCCCAGUUGAAUCAGAUAAGCAUGGAAAUAUUAAUUUUAAAGAUCUCUCUGCUAAAUGUGAACGUUUUUCUAAAGAAUUAGCAUGUGCAAUGAUUACAUAUCCUUCAACUCAUGGAGUUUUUGAAUCACAAAUUAAAGAAGUUUGCAAUAAAAUACACGAACAUGGAGGUCAAGUUUAUUUGGAUGGUGCUAAUUUUAAUGCACAAGCAUGCCUUUGCCGACCUGGAGAUUAUGGAAGUGAUAUUUCCCAUUUUAAUUUACACAAAACUUUUUGUAUACCUCAUGGUGGUGGAGGACCAGGAAUGGGACCAAUUGGAGUUAAAUCACAUCUUGCACCUUUCUUACCUGGGCAUCCAAUAAUACCACAAAAUGGAGAAAAAAGAUAUGAUGGCGUUGUGAGCGGUGCUCCUUGGGGAAGUGCCAGUAUUUUGCCAAUUACGUGGGCAUAUAUUAGAUUAAUGGGUAUUUCUGGUCUCAAAAUUGCCUCCCAAAUGGCUAUACUUAAUGCUAAUUAUAUGGCAAAAAGAUUAGAAAAUGCUGGUUAUCGAGUUGUUUACAGAGACGAACAAGGCUUAAACGCUCACGAAUUUAUUAUAGACUGCAAACCUUUCAAGCAUGUUGGUAUUGAAGUAGAUAAUAUAGCUAAACGUUUAAUGGAUUUUGGAUUUCAUGCACCAACAAUGCAUUGGCUAGAUUUUUACAUUUUUAAUGGAGAAAAAACUUAA